AUGUUAGCUACUGUCAUCGGCGGGAUGGGUUUCGGCCUUAUGGUGAAUCCCCCUGGUGGAGUCUGGGAGAGCGUUGACUGCGGCUCCAAGUCCACCGUUUGCACGACAGCCGGAACCGCCGUGCUAGGGGACGACGAUUCGAUGCGUCCCUUGUAUCUUGGGAUGCUAUUUAGCUCCAUCAUCUCCUUCUCUGCCUCGAUGUCUCUCAUUCUGCUCUUAGUGAGCGGUCUGGGGCUCAGGAACCGGUUUGUCAUCGCGGUCAUGAAGUUUCUGAUGAUUGUUGCUGUUCUCUGUGUAUCUGCCGCCUUCUUCUGCACAAUGGCGAUGAUUCAUCCCACACUUCCUUAUAUCCGUAUCGCAUACCUUGGAAUCUGGGGAAUCUUGGCAAUCGUAGUGUUGGUGUUGUACGGAAUUAGGCUCAUUUUUCCCAAACCAGAAACCAGAAUGGGAGCAUAA